CGGGAUUGACUGGUGAACUACAUGAGUAGAAACCCGUCAACUAUGAUGCGUUGGAAUUUACCUAAAAAAGUCGAAUUUUAAUUGUUAUUAAUUCAUUUUAAUUUCAUUUGUUAUUAAUUUUUUACUUACUGAGUGAUGAUAAAUUAAUUGAACAGUUGAUGAUUACCAAAUAGCAUAACCAAAUGAAUGAAAAAUCUGUCGAGUAUUUAUAAUUUCUGUUAAUUCUAAACAUGGUGUUUAAAACAGCAUUUGUCCUGAUGAGUCGUAUUUCAUGCAAUCGGUGUCCAAAGUUUUGACUUGCAUUGACCAAGGAAUGAUAUUUAGUCAGUUUCAUUUUCCAUAAUUCUUCUGCGAAGUAAUCAUGUAUCCUGCCAGAAAUCCGCCUUAUUCCGGAACGAGUACUUUACCGAAUGUUACUCCGGCUGCAAGUCAGAAUGCUCCUUCGUAUCAAAAUGGUGCUUUAUAUCACAAUAGCCCCAAUGCCUCUCCCGCGUAUCCACCGGAGCAGACGACGUUUGCUCGAUCACAAUUACAAUCUCCACUGAGUACUAAUAACAAACAAAAUUAUCCAAAUAUGCGGAUGUCAAAUUACAACCUACCUAAUCAACAGAAUACACAACCUCUUGCCUCUCCUACUGGAUAUCCAGCUAUGCAGAAUUAUGGUGUAGCACAAAAUCAACUACCCCAAAUGCAACAGCCUCCAUUAGUAAAUCAGCAGCCUCGUAAUAAUCAAAUGUAUCAAGUGAAUGGCUACCCGCCUCCUCAGGCUCCUGCUCAGAAUUAUGGGCAAUAUCCUCAAGUUCCGCCGCAAUACAAUAAUCAAUAUCCACCUUCCGGAGAUCAGUUAAUAGAUCCUAUGGCGAGGCAGUUCAAUAAUCUUAGCGUCACUAAACAAGGUUUCCAAAACUUGAGGGGCAUAGAUUCCUGCGACCUUUUACGUAUGCGAGAUAUAUUACCAAAGCAAAAAAUUCAAGCUCCAAGCAUAUACUUGCCUCCAGAAGUGGCAUCUGAUUGCAAUUGUAAUCCUGAUGUUUUUCGGUGCACGCUGACGAAAAUACCAGAAACAAAAAACUUGCUCGAUAAAUCAAGAUUACCAUUGGGUAUACUUCUUCAUCCAUUCCGUGAUUUAACACAUUUAUCUGUGAUUCAAUGCAGUACGAUAGUCAGAUGUCGGUCUUGCAGGACCUACAUUAAUCCGUUCGUUUACUUUAUCGAUAAUAGACACUGGAAGUGCAACCUAUGUUUCAGAGCUAAUGAUUUACCAGAUGACUUUAGAUACAAUCCGGUUACAAAGAUGAACGACGACCCACUACGUCGACCAGAAGUUAAAAAUGCUACCAUAGAAUUCAUUGCUUCUUCAGAAUAUAUGGUGAGACCUCCGCAACCAGCUAUGUACCUUUUUAUUCUUGAUGUAUCUCGUAUUGCCACUCAAACUGGAUACCUUUCCACUGUGUGCGAAGUCUUGUGUGCAAACUUAAGCAAACUACCUGGAGAUACGCGCACUUCGGUUGGAUUCAUUACCGUUGAUUCAGCGGUACAUUUUUAUGAUUUAGGAGAAAUGCUAAAUCAACCCCAUGAACUUAUAGUUACCGACGUGGACGAUAUUUUCAUUCCAUCUCCCGAAAACUUGAUAGUAAAUCUACACGAACAAUUCGAACUUAUCAAAGAUUUACUGGAACAGAUUCCGGAAAAGUUUAAAGAAUCAUAUGACACCAAUUGUGCUCUCGGAGCUGCUUUACAAGCUGCUUAUAAAUUGAUGGCACCAACUGGUGGUAGAGUGACUGUUUUUGUUUCUUGUUUACCGAAUCAUGGGCCGGGAGCACUGAAGCCCAGAGAAGAUCCCAGUCAAAGAGGCAGCAAUAAAAGCUCUAAUUUGAAUCCUGCUACAGAUUUUUAUAAAAAAUUAGCAUUGGAUUGUAACAGUCAACAUGUAGCUGUUGAUUUAUUUGUCGUAAAUGCUCAGUUUGUUGACCUAGCAACGAUAAGCGGUAUAUCUCAGGUGUCGGGUGGAUGUAUGUAUCAUUUCCCCUUAUUCAACAAUAAAAAUAACAAAGAUGUUGAAAAGUUAGUCAAGAACUUUGAACGUUAUUUGUCACGAAAAAUUGGUUUCGAGGCUGUAAUGCGAAUGCGCUGUACAAAAGGUUUAUCGAUUCAUUCAUUCCAUGGAAACUUUUUCGUUCGCACGACCGAUUUAUUGGCGCUCCCAAAUAUUAAUCCAGAUGCUGGGUUUGGUAUGCAAGUAUCAAUAGAUGAAAGCUUAUCUGACCUGCAAACAGUCUGUUUUCAAGCUGCGUUAUUGUAUACGUCCAGUAAAGGUGAAAGAAGAAUACGCGUCCAUACACUUUGUUUACCUGUUGCCAAUAAUUUACACGACGUACUGUUAUCUGCCGACCAACAAUGUAUCGCUGGACUGUUGGCAAAAAUGGCUGUAGACAGAUCGUUACAGUCGUCCGUGACAGAUGCCCGAGAAGCGUUUGUGAAUGCCGUCUGUGAUAUCUUGAGCACAUACAAAAUGGUCAUUUCAUCUGGUCAACCCGGAUCGUUAUUUGCUCCGAAUAAUUUAACUAUUUUCCCCCUUUACGUGCUAGGAUUAAUGAAAAGCAUUGCUUUUCGGUUGUCUCAAAAUACGAGGACAGAUGAUAGAGUAUAUGCUAUGUAUCAAAUGAAGUGCGCACCGUUAGAUAGACUGGUACAAAUUAUCCAUCCAGAUUUGUAUCUGUUGGUUAAUUUGAGCGAACAGCCGCAACAAGAAAUUGAUGGUAAAGUGGUCCCCAUGCCUAGUGUAUUACAAUUGUCUGCUGAACGAGUAGAUAGUACCGGAGUGUACUUGUUAGAUGACGGUGAUUCUUUAGUUAUUUUUAUCGGUCAUAACGUACCACCUUUAAUGUGUCAGAACUUAUUCGGAUAUUCGAAUUUUGCUGUGAUUCCUGACGAUUUAGAUAAUUUACCUACUAUUGAAUCAACUGAAAAUAAAUUGGCGAAUGCGUUUAUAAAUUAUUUGCAAGCGAAAAAACCAAAUGAAGUUGUGGUCCAUGUUAUCAAGGAUACGAAUACAAUGAGAACUAAAUUUUUUGAACGGCUUGUUGAAGAUAAAACUGAAUUUGGAAUUUCGUAUUAUGAAUUUUUACAAAACGUUAGCUCUCAGAUGAAUUAACUAAUUAGUGUUGUCUACCAUAAACAUCGGAUCCAAGGCAAUUAUUUUAUUACAGAAUGCCGUUCUGUGAAAUUUCCACCAUCGUGUUCCGUGUAAUGUAAAUGUUGUAAUCGAAGUGCCUCUUUUAUUUUAUCAAACGCGUCUUUUUUAAAAACCUUUUACAGCAUUUAUUUAUUUAUUCUACGUGAAAUUAUCAAGUAAAGUUACUGUCCUAUUGAAUUUAGGAGAUGAACGAUUUACAAAGGCUAAUUGGAAUGACGGUAGGGAUUAUUCACAGCGAUUUUAUCGUCAUUUUGCGUCGAGUGCGAUUGAAUAAUCGUCGCUAUACCGUAAUCAGUGUUAAUAAAUUAAUAUGUUUGUUGACGGUUGUGUGGUGUAUAGGAAUUUUACGAUUGUAUUGUAUAAAUGUAUUUAUUUUAUCAUUAGUGUAGAUUUAUUUUAUUUAUUACCGUAUAUCGUUGUACAUUCAAAACUUUAUUCUUUUUAGCUUAUCAAUAUAUCGUUAUGAGAAUUGUAUCUUUUUAUUGCAAUUAAACGAAAAAAUUUCAAAAUCAAUUCAAUUGAUUGUCAAGUCAUCGCUCACGACGCGACGCAUCCCAAGAAAAAUGAAAGGAAACCGGUGACAACAAUACUGGCACUGACAGACAACAAUAUGUCCAUGAUUCAAAUUGCGUCUCACAAGAGAACAGAACGAAACGAAUACAUACUCAUGAAAUAAAAAAGGCAUUCAAACUAAAAAAUAUGUACUGAAAUACCAACAAUUAACAAACUAUACGAUAAUUUCACUGAAAUAACUCAUCGUCUUCUCCUUCCGGUGGUAAACCCAAUUCUUCAUCCGUGAAUGAUUUCAUAUCUGGGGGUUGAAAUUCCAAGUGCCCAAUCAAUAUAUUCGGCUCAUACCAAGCAUUGUAGAAGAUCCAAGUCCAUAUCCCGGUUUGCAUUGCGGUGAUCAAUUUCCAUCUAAUAUUGUCGUCAGGUACAGGUGGAAUAACACAACGAUAGUUACCUCCAGUGUCAGCAUAAUGAUAAGCUCUACGGGACAAGCGAUUAUUUGAAGCAAGGCUUCGAUUCUUGAAAAGAUUUCCUCGAAAGUGAGGAACAAGCACUCUUAACGAAGACAUAACAGUGGAUUACACAAUACACAUCACAAAUCGAUCAGGAUCAAAACUGUAAUUGAUCAAGAAUAUUUGAUUUUGAGUUCAGAAAACGUAAAGUAGAUGAAAUAAUUGAAUUGAAAUUUCGGAAUUCGAAA